CCGACUUGCUUUUCUAUUUUUUUUUUUUAUUCUCUUACGUUGUUUGUAGUUGAACAAGUCGUUUUUAAUGUCAAAAGCUUACCGGGAUAUUUCUGACUUCGGUGUAGUUCGCGUUAAUGAUGAGCAGUGCUGUGUUAUGUGAUUGUGAGAGGUCGGAUAACUUGUACUUAGUGUUUUAAUGACUUGUUUCCCUGCAGACGGAAAACAGUUAGAUUAACUCUAACAGCGCUAACCGCAGGUUAACUCGCUCCCCGGACGAGGGAGUCAGAGAGAGAUUUCUGUCAAAGAGAAACCAACGUCAUCUUCAAGUUUACCAACUAACCUAAAGCUCUUGUUGACCUGACUUUGAAAUUUCUUCUUUAGAGGAAAGAGAGUGAGAGAGAGGAAAAGGGGUUCAGCAGUUGUUGUUUUGUUUGUUUGUUUUUUUGCUGUGCACUCGCAAUGGCGGAAGGAAUAAACUCAACCUUCACCUCCCGCGUCAGGAAAACCAACAGCAGCAACACGACCGCAAACGUGAGACGAAGCAGUCGACAAAGCAGCAAGAGGGACAUUCACAGCCGGGUUGUUCUGGAGAAAGUAUUGGGAAUCACCACCUCCAACAGCAGUGGCUUGGCCUGUGACCCCAACUCGGGGUUUGUUGCAUAUCCUGCAGGAUGUGUUAUUGUCAUCCUCAAUCCAAAGAAAAACAAGCAGAGUCACAUCUUCAAUACAUCACGAAAAACCUUCAGUGCCUUGGCGUUCUCCCACAAUGGAAAAUAUUUGGUCACUGGUGAGAGUGGGCACAUGCCAUGUGUAAGGGUGUGGGAUGUCACUGAGCGUACGCAAGUGGCGGAGGUCCAGUGUCACAAGUAUGGAGUGGCCUGUGUUGCUUUUUCUACCAACGGCAGCUACAUUGUGUCUGUAGGAUUCGAGCAUGACAGAACUGUCAGCGUGUGGGAAUGGAAGAGAGGUACUGUUAUUGCAUCAAACAAGGUGUCUAGUCGAGUGCUGGCUGUCUCUUUCUCAGAGGACAGCAGCUACUUUGUCACUGCAGGAAACAGACAUGUGAAGUUCUGGUACUUGGAUGCCUCCAAGGAGAGAAGGGUAAACAGCACUGUGCCUCUGAUUGGACGAUCAGGGUUGCUAGGAGAACAUCAGAACAGUGAAUUCUGCGACUUGGCAUGUGGUCGUGGCACCAUGGCGAGCAGCACCUAUUGUAUCACCCACACAGGUCUGCUGUGCCAGUUCAACAGCAACAGGCAACUGGAUUUAUGGGUUGACCUCAAAACGUCUUCAGCACGAUGUCUGUCUGUGAGCGAGUCCUUUGUUUUCUGUGGCUGUGCUGAUGGCACAGUGCGGGUGUUUAGCCCUCAGAACUUGCACUACAUUACCACCCUGCACCGGCCCCACUGUCUGGGAGUGGAUGUCUCACAGGGCGUGCAACCUGGGCAUCUGUUCACUGCACUGCCAGAUGCUGAAUAUCCAGACACUCUGGCCCUCACUCAUGACCCUAUGACUGGCCACUUGACGUGUGUAUUCAAUGACCACAGUGUGUAUGUGUGGGAUGUGCGAGACAUCAACAAUGUAGGGAAGGUGUUCUCUGCCCUCUACCACAGCAACUGUGUCUGGAGUGUUGAGACUUACCCAGAGUUGGAGGAUUCAGCUGCAACUCUGCUACCUGGCUCUUUCUUCACCUGCUCGUCUGAUAACACCAUUCGCCUUUGGAACAGUGAUUUUCAGCAGAGCCACAACCAAAACACUGACCUUCACCGCAAUCUGUACAGUCAGGACUUGGUGAAGAUCGUGUAUGUGGAUGAGGACACUCGGCACCUCAAGGCUCUGGCCGAGAGAGUAGACAGCAGCCUGGAUGGCAAAUUUGGAAUCAGAGUGCUGGGAAUCAGUCCAGAUGGCCAGCACCUGGCUGCCGGGGAUCGCAGUGGGAAUCUGCGGAUCUUUGGACUUUUUUUCAUGGAUGAGCUACUGAAGAUUGAGGCGCAUGACUCUGAGGUCUUGUGUCUGGCCUUUUCCCCUGCUGAGACUGGUUUGCAGUUGCUGGCCUCAGCUAGUCGUGAUCGACUUAUACACAUUUUCAACAUGGAGAACAACUACAGUCUUGUACAGACUGUUUAUGACCAUUCAGCGUCUGUCACUGCCAUGAAGUUUACCGGUGUGGGUUCAAAGGUGUGCAUGGUAAGCUGUGGUGCUGACAAGAGCAUUUACUUCCGCUCUGCCGAAAAGUCCUCUGAAGGCCUGGCCUUCUCAAGAUCACAUCACGUGGUGGAGAAAAGCACACUAUAUGACAUGGACCUGGAUGCCACAAGCACUCACACUGCCAUUGCAUGCCAGGACCGCAACAUAAGGGUGUACAAUGUGAAGAGUGGCAAGAUGAAGAAGUGCUUUAAGGGUUCUGCAACUGAUGAUGGCACCCUGCUCAAGGUUCAGCUGGAUCCUUCUGGCAUGUUCUUGGCCACCAGCUGCUCAGACAAAAGCAUCUGUAUUUUUGAUUAUGAGUCUGGAGAAUGUGUGGCAACAUUAUUUGGGCACUCUGAAAUUGUGACUGGGAUGAAGUUCAGUCCAGACUGCAGGCAUCUCAUCACUGUGUGUGGUGAUAGCUGUGUGUUUGUUUGGCGACUGUGCUCUCAGAUGACUAACUCCAUGAGGAAAAGACUAGCAGAGAGGAGACGGAGAGCAGGACAGAGGAACUUGCAAAGAGGAGUCCCCUGCAAAGAGCAAACCAUCAGGAGGGAGACUUAUAUUGCUGUACCUCGCAGUGGACUAGCGAAGACAGAAGAAAUAGAAGCAGAUAGCACAGUGGAGGAAAUCCCCCACACUCCAGCCAGGACAGACACCACUAUCGAGAGUCUGGAUCUCAUGAUGCCACAGACCAAUGGCCGAUUGCCGAUGUGGGCCCGCAGAUUGGGUGCUGGAGUUAGCAGCAGUGUGAAUCCCACUGGUCCUAGUGUCACUCAGUGCCACCAGCCACAAGGACGCUGGGCUGUACGUGCUGACCCACUGGCUGUUCGUUCAGUGCUGGAGACCUGGAGUCUCCAACUGCCCCUCUCUCACACUCCCAGUAGAGCAGAAGAGGAUGAGGAAGACUGUGAAGAAGAAAAGGAUGGACAUGAAGAUGUGGACUUUCAUCCUCAGAGCCUAGACAGUCUUCUAGAUGAAGAGGAAGAGGGUGAUGUAGAAGAGGAAGACGACACAGAGAGGGGGUCUGAACAGUUUAGCAGGCUCAGCUCUUCAGAGAACAAUGACUAUAUCCUCUACCCAGCCAACAGCACUGCCCUAUCCACUGCUGGAGAAGGGGAGUUUGAUGUGAAGGCCCUUUGUGAGGGUGUUGAAACUGAUCCAGAAGAGGAGCUAAGUCCAGACAGUGCCUGUUCAGCUGAGAGUGACCAGGUGCACAGUGAUCAGGCCCAUGACCAGGAUACUGACUCACUCAGUCAGGCAAGCUCUGUGGGUAGUUCUGGAGUGGAGGAAGAGGAGGAUGAAGAGCCUGCAACACUUCUACGCCAGCACUUUGACACUCUAGCUGUGGCCUCUAAUGAGAAAUUCAACACAGAUCUUCGCAUUCUACAGCCUACUAAUGAGAGCAACUUCCUCAACCCUCGGCUCAGUCUGUCUACCCGUUUCCUCUCACGCUUCCAGAGCCGCGUUCGUGGUACAGGAGCAGGAAGUGGUUCUGUGUGUCGACCUGGAACUUGCCUGCCCAGUAUCCAAGAUGAGUCCAGCAUUAGCUCUGCAAGUCUGGAGAAAACAGAGGAUGAUUCCAUACUUAUCGCUCAGACUUGUGGUCCAAAUACCACAAGAAGUGAUCAGAAGAAAAGCCAAAGAGGCGAUAUUACAGACAAAGCAGUGGUCUCACAAGCGACUGUCCAAAAUUCUGCCAACAAUCAAAGCAUAUUUGACACCAAACCUGCCAACCUCUCCUUUGAUAAAGUGUCUUCUACGUUGGGUACCACAAAAUCCUCCCACCAAAGUGACAUGGCUCCUUUUGCUAGUUCCUACACCACCAAAAGUAGCUCCGUGGAUGAGAAAGUGGAAGAGCCCAAGUGUGGGAAUGCAGUGCUCCAGAACGCUUCAUUGUCUAACCAGGACCUCAGUUUGAAUCUGGAGAGUAAGGAGAACCUCCUACCUCAAUGCACUCAUUCCACAGAGCACCUUCUACCCAUACCCGAAAAGCAAGCGCCUCCUCCAGCACCCCCUGCUCUGGGUAACCACAGUGCCCGGGCUGCACUUCACUUGGACCUGUCUGCUCCUCACGGUGCCAGCAUGGUACCUGCUUCAAUUAAAACUCUCAGGAGACAAAUGCAGCAUAUUGACCCUCCGUGUAGACAGGCUUUGGUGAGUCCGACUGAGAUGCGGUCACUUGGAAAGGAUAGUCGAAAGAGGAUCAGUAAUAUUGAAAAGAAUCUGACACCGAAGUCUUCCACCAGACUCUCAUCUGGGCGUGCAUUGUCUGCGAAGUGCAGCCCUCUUGCAACGCCAAAGAAGAGCUUUGAAAAUGCCCAACCUCUGGCUCAGUGCAACACAGUGGAAUCAACUACAUCAGAGGUCAAAUCUGAGGGAGCAAAACCUGUAGACUCAGAUGAAUGUAUGACUUUGCAGAUGUGUAAGGAGAUUGUGAAUGAGCUACAGCACACCAUGCAGAAAGCAGCAAGCUUUUACAGUAAACUUCAGGCCAUCAGUGAGUUGUCAGAGCAGCAUGUGCAGAUGAAGAGCAUCCUGCAGGAGGCUUUUGCUGGGAUUCUGCAGGAGCUGGACCUUCUCUGCCCCCAGAACCCCUGCCUUACUGCCCAUCAAACAACCCAGCAACCUCCUGAAGACUCACCUAGCCGGCAGCUGAGGGACGACCGGGCCAUGGCCCUGCUGGAGAAGUACUCAGAGAUGCUCCUGUUGCGCAUGGCUGAAAAAAAGACAGACUGCAGUUGAGUUAUUACAGACGAGUGGCAUUGGGACACUUGAGGGAAUGUUUUAUCAGUCCAGAUGACAACGUGCCUGAUUCAAAAAUCCUCAUUUUUGAAACGCCUUGAACAAAAAGCAGUGUAUUUGGUGCCUUUGUCUUGAGUUACAGCACCUGCUUGAAUCGUCCUCAGUAUUUUAUUUCAAACAGCCUUAACGUUUCAGUUCUAAGCUCGUUUAACAUUGGUAGCAUUCUGCAAAUUAUUUAUUAAUGCACAGUGAUUUAUUACUAUCAGUGGUGAUCAUUUUUGCCAUUCAUUACCUAUAAGGUCUAAGAUUUCUGCUUAUUAUAAAUUCUUUUACACAUUUCAAGGUAUCUUUCCUCCAAAGAAAAAGCUGCCAAUGAGAACUUUUAACAUCUAUCAGGGUAAAACACAGAAGGCUAGAUUCAUCAAGGUAAGUCAUUCAGACCAGUACACUGUGGUUCCAAGCCAGUUUUUUUUCUUCAGAUGACUAUCUUUACUAACUCAUUAUUUAAUUAAAGGCAGUAUUAACAGUAUUUGAGUUGAAUGCUCAUUGAGUGAAGUUGUCAUUGCUCGUGUAGUUUUGUGGUUUUGGUUCUUGACCUUGUUUUAGUAUCACUGCGUUGGCUUUAAUAACACCAGUGUCACCCCGUCACAACCACCUGUUCUGAUUCCUGUCGUCCCUGAAAACGACUGUUUGCACAAACCGUUGAAUUUUUCACAUUGUCUCUCAAAUGCAAGUGUUGCAGAAGUAUGUGACUCCUGCUCACACUUUGGCUUUGUCCACUGACUUUUAUUUUGUGAAGUGCUUGUAAAUACCUUUUUAUACCUGUUUGUUUUUAAAAUAUUAAAGACUUUUCAAGA